AUGGGACAACAGACGUUGAUUUAUAGCUUCGUUGCCCGGGGAACGAUAAUUUUGGCAGAGUACAGCGAGUUCACAGGAAAUUUUAAUAGCAUAGCCUCUCAAUGCCUGCAAAAACUGCCUGCAUCUAAUAACAAAUUCUCAUAUAAUUGUGAUGGUCACACCUUCAAUUUCCUCUCCGACAAUGGAUUCACAUAUUGCGUGGUGGCUACUGAAUCUGCAGGUAGGGAAAUUCCCAUUGCCUUCUUGGAUCGUGUAAAGGAUGAUUUUAGCAAAAGAUAUGCUGGAGGAAAAGCUGCAACUGCUAGUGCUAAAAGCCUGAAUAGGGAAUUUGGGUCAAAAUUAAAGGAACACAUGAAAUACUGUGUUGAUCAUCCUGAAGAAAUCAGUAAGCUUUCUAAGGUCAAGGCUCAAGUUUCUGAAGUCAAGGGAGUUAUGAUGGAAAACAUUGAGAAGGUUCUUGACCGUGGUGAGAAGAUUGAGCUUCUAGUCGAUAAAACAGAGAAUCUUCGAUCACAGGCUCAGGACUUCAGACAACAGGGGACCAAGAUAAGAAGGAAGAUGUGGUAUGAAAAUAUGAAGAUAAAACUGAUUGUUUUGGCUAUCAUCAUAAUCAUCAUGCUCAUUAUCAUUUUAUCUGUCUGCCCGGGAUUCAAAUGCACUUGACUUGCAUCAGACUACCUCCACCCCGAGGUUCUUAUCUUCGAUAUAUACCCUUAUUCAUGCUUGCUUGAUCCAUUUUUGAUGUUAAACCUACCAAUCAGUCAAGAGUUCUUCUUUCCGGAGGCGAAUUCAAGAUCUGAAAUGAAUUCAAAAAGAACGUUAUCUUAUUAUAUAUAUAUAUAUACAUUUUUUUGUACUUGUAUUUGUAUUUGCAUACAUAGUUUGAGCUGAAAGCAAUAGGUUCAGUUGAACUCAUAGAACCCGUCCUCAAUCCGACUCUAUUCCUUUCAAUUGGCACUUAGCUCAUGAGAAGCUGGAUUGGCCUGUAUUUUGAUGUAGAUGAAUAGGUAAUCAGGUUUAGUUUAUUGCCUUUCUUUUUUUUUUGAGUGUCGUCUCUAAUUCUUUUUCCCUGUUUGUCCAAUUGAUGCUUUCAUAAUAUGAUACUGUAAAUAUUUGUUUAGCUUAUGAUAUAUGCGACUUUGAUGGCUGCAAAACAAAAAGUAUAACUCCAUAGCUAUGAUGUUAGAAGAUGGUCCUCUAAAAUGUCAAUAAGGUUUUUGCA